AAGCGCGGGCCUUUCAAUUCUUCCCAUACAAAAGCCCAAAUUCGAGUAACCCAAACUCUGCUGUCACCCUUUCUCCCACUUCUCCCUCGACAUUUUUCCAUCUCUCUCUGACGCCACCUCUACCAGGUAGAAAUUAAUCAUUGGUUGGAGAACCCAAGGGGAGGCAACUAUGUCGUUCAUGAAGGGAGAUUUACUUACGAGAACUAGAAAGCUGGUGAAGGGCCUGGCCAAGGCCGAGCCUGUUUGGCUCAAAGCCAUGGAAAAGGCACCGCCUGUAACGUUUCCUCGUGCAAAUGCAAUUCAGAAAAUCACUCUCCCAGAGGAUGUUUACAUAAAGAAGUUUUUCCAGAAGCAUCCAGAUUCCAAACAUGAAGAUGCCAUCAAGAUUUCUUCUUUUGAUCCUCCUCCAGCCCGUAUAUUUGGUUUGCGGGUACUUGUGUUGAAGGAGCAAGGUGUUGCUGAGGAAGAAGCAAUGGCAGUAGCUGAUAUGGAAUACCGGAUGGAGAGAAAAGAGAAGAAGAAGGCAUAUUCCCGCUUGAAGAAAAUUGCACGCCUUCAAGGGAAGAGGCCUCCUCCCAACCCAUAUCCCAGCGCUAUCAAGGAAAUACAAGCUGAGGAGAAGAAGUUUGUUCGUGACCGUUUUUACAAUCCCAAAAUUAUUCAACUUGUAAGGCAAUUGCAAGAGGACAAGGCAGCUGAAGCGCAGGAGAGAUUCAGAGCAGGAGGAGGUUCCGGGUAACUUAAAGUGCCGUCUUUUGAUAAUAAUUUAGUUCAGUUAGCUUCCUGAGAUUUUUACUGAUUUGCUCUAGCUUUUGAUCAAAUAUUAGCCUAGUGUAUUGGAAAUGAUUCUUAGGUACUUCUCAUUUGCAUCCAUUUAUGGUCAAUGAAAUGCUAUACAUUUGUGAAAAUCAUGGAAUAUGAAUGCUGCAUUUUCCGUUUUCCA